AUGCCUCGCUUCGACGACGCUGACUUCGCUGUGGAUCCCGCCCCUGCGGCUCCCGGUACUGCUCCGGCCCCCGCUGCUCGCUCCCCCAGAGAUGGCCGUGGCAGCCUGGCUGGUUCUCUGCCCAUCCCUAACGAUGCGGGUGCCACCAUUGAGAUCCCCGCAACCCGCAGCUCCAUCAGCGAUGCUGCCCAGUACAUGCACAACCUGAGCCUGGCUCCCUCGACAAGGGAUCGUCGUGGCUCUCGCAACUCCUUCGGAACCUCCCUCCCUAUCCCCAGAUCUCCUCGGGUGUCUCGUCUGGCAUCCGUGGUCGCCGCUGAUGGCAACUCGGUUUCCCGCGACCUCCUGGCUUCUCAGGUCCAGGACAUGUCCAAGGAGAAGGUCGCUGCUGCCAAGAACAUGGCCUUUGCCUUCGAUAUCGAUGGUGUGUUGGCCCACGGUAACCAUGCCAUUGAGCCCGCCAAGGAGGCCCUGAAGAUGCUCAACGGUGACAACGAGCUGGGCAUCAAGAUCCCUUACAUUCUGCUCACCAACGGUGGUGGUAAGACCGAAGCUGCCCGUUGUGAGCAGCUCACCGAGGUUCUCGGUGUUCCGAUCUCGACCGACCAGUUCAUCCAGUCUCACACCCCAAUGCAGGCAUUGGCUGAGUACUACGAGACGGUGCUUGUGCUGGGUGGUGAGGGCCAGAAGAUCCGUGAGGUCGCCGAGAACUACGGCUUCAAGAACGUCGUCCACCCCAAGGACAUUGUCGCCUGGGACCCCACCGUGUCUCCCUGGGGACACUUCACCGAGGAAGACCGCGCCCAGGCGAAGCCCCGCGACUUCUCCAAGAUGAAGUUCGACGCCAUCUUGGUCUUUGCUGACUCUCGUGACUACGCGACCGACAUGCAGCUGAUCCUGGAUCUCUUGCUCGCGGAGGAUGGCAAGUUGUUGACCCGUGCCAAGGACCCCGUCGCCUCUCGCAUCCCCAUCUACUUCUCUCAGGGUGACCUGAUCAUGCCUACCGACCACCAGGGACCCCCCCGUCUCACCCAGGGUCUUUUCCGUAUCUCCAUUGAGGCUCAGUACAAGGCUCUCACCGGCGUCGACCUGGAGCGUGUCGUCUACGGCAAGCCCGAGCGUGCCACCUACACCUACGCCGACGAGGUCCUCAAGUCGUGGAUGGAGCAGAUCCACAACGAGAACCGUCUCCCCAAGAACAUCUACAUGGUUGGUGACAACCCCGCAUCCGACAUCUGCGGUGGUAACAUGUACGGCUGGAACACCUGCCUGGUCCGCACCGGUGUCUUCCAGGGCGGUGACAACGACACCAACAACCCCGCCAACUUCGGUGUCUUCGCCAACGUCUUGGAGGCCGUCAAGGCUGCCGUCCGCAAGGAGCUUGGCCAGGAGUUCAAGUUCAAGUGGAACCCCAAGGUUAACCCCGUCACCGGCGGUGACAGCGGCUCCGCUGUCGAAUAA